CCUCCGACAGGCAGGAACAUGGCUUUACGGGAACUAUCGUCGCUGGAGAGAUAUUUAGGACUGAAAAAGCCGAACAAGUACAGUACACAGGGGGACAACAAGGUCCCUGUGCUACAGAAUACCAAUGGUCCUCCCGUGGUCGGCUUGGUGACGGUCGCCUGUCACCUGGUGAAAGAGGCCAAGCGCCCGGAGCUGCUGGGAGACUCCGCCGAAAGCAGGGCUGUGGUGCAGCAGUGGCUGGAGUACAGAGUCACGAAGCUGGAUGGCUGCACGAAGGAAGACAGCAAGACCAUCCUGAAGGAGCUCCACCUCUACCUGCAGGACAAGGUCUACAUGGCUGGCAACCGGUUCACCUUAGCUGACACUUUUGUGUUCUAUGGAAUCCAUCCGCUCAUCGCGGACCUGGCCGUCCAGGAGAAGGAGCAGUAUGGGAACGUGAGCCGAUGGUUCGACCACAUUCAGCACUACCCGGGCAUCCGGCACCCCCUUCCUCCCGUAGUCGUGCUCAGGAACACAAUUUACACCAGCAAGCACCACUGAGACCUGACCGCCGCCUCUGACCCCGAACCUCGUCACAAUCUCAUCUGUCCUCUGGACCGGACCUGUGUCGCGUCAUCGUCAUCACGCUGCUCAUGGCAUGAAUCCUGCCUUUUCCCCGUUGACCCGGUGACGUGUCUUAACUCUGCCGGCUGCGAUAUGUUUUUAACCAGGAAAAUCAGUCAAGAGCAAAAAGAGAAUCUAACAGUUUUAGUGCAGGCGGUAAUGAAGCUCUAUUAAAGGUUUGCUAACUAAUUAAAUCAAUGUUCAUGUUCCUUUAAAAAAUAAUAAUAAUCCAGUCCCAUUGGCUGCUGGCUUUAACUCAUUCAACACUUUUCAUAAGCGACGUGGUUUCUUGACCCUUGUUUCGUAUUGUGGGAGCAGACAUGUGAGACAGUGAAGUUGCUCUUUUCUGCUUUCUGUUGGUUAUUGUGACUUUCCUGUUGACUUGGAAGUCGGAAUGUUUUCUUGGUUGCGUUCAAAGGGAAGGCUGUCCGGGCGGCAGGAAACUGCUGCUAGCUUGUUUCUAUUUAUAUAUGUGGCGGUUGAAUGGUGAUUUAUUUUGUCUAAUUUGAGCGACGAACAUGCGAUAACAAGUAUAAAAAGAAGCCUUCAGAGAUGCGACUUAACUGGCGGUGCAUGAUGUCUUUAGAGGCAGCAGCAUGUUCAGCAGCAGCUCAGCCAAGGACAUGCGGUCAGCGGCUCAGCAGCAUGACCACAGUCCUCCUGCCCUGAUGAGCUCUCAUCCCUGGCAUGAGCGCUUGUUUGUUUUCUUAGGAUUUUAUGUUUUUCUACAUGCAACUCCCAGACAUUUUACUGGACACCCGCGUUUGUGUUUGUGUGUUUGUGAUUACAUCUACUUCCUCACCACCACCAGUCGUGUGGGCAGCAGUGAGCAGUUGAGCGUUGGCCCCAGAGAUCAGAGUGAGGCUCCAAUCAGUCCCACUGCCACCACUGUUGAUGCUGCGGGCCAGAGAGAGGGCAGCGGGCUCACCAGCUGCCACACAGAUCCAGCCAGCCGAGGCCAGACCCCCGGCCCCUGGGCGACAGUCAGCCACUGUGUGUCAUUUCAACCCUCGCGCUCCCACAGGGCUGCUUGAGAGAGAGAGAGAGAAAAGAGCACCCAGAGGCCGAGGGAUCUUUUUGUGACGUGACCAAUGAUCCGAGCCUCCGAACGCCUUACCGCUGCUGGCUGGAUGUUUGCUAUUAGCACCAUUAACAGGCAGAUCCUGUAAAUUAGCAUUAUGAAGCUGAUGAUAAUGAGGAAAUGAAAUCAUAUUUAAAAAAUAAAAGAAACCUGGACAACCAAAUCUUUGAUCUAGUCUCCAGCUCAUAACAAUGGGUGCUUUUGUGUUUGCGUUUAAGUUUCCGUUGUUCCCGUCUCCUCUUAACAUGCUUUCAGACACGUUUUUUUAUUUAUUUCCUCCAUCCAAACAGGAGCAGUUGUAGCUUCUUUGUUUUGAUCUCAUGAUGUCCAUCCUCUGCCAAUAAAUCUAAAAGAUGUGCAGCGCACGACCCCUGACCUCUGCA